AUGGACGCCUACUCCGGCUACAACCAAAUCAUGAUGCAUGAAGACGAUAAGGCAAACACCUUCUUCAUCAUCGAAAAAGGUACAUACUGCUACAAAGUCAUGCCAUUUGGGUUGAAGAACGCCGGAGCAAUCUACCAAAGGCUGGUGAACAAAAUGUUCAAGGAGCAAAUUGGCAAGACUAUGGAGGUCUACGUAGACGACAUGCUAGUCAAAGCUCCCGAGCGAGCAUACCACAUCGAGAACCUUGCCGAGGCAUUCAGCCUACUCCGAAAAUACAACAUGAAGUUGAACCCAAACAAGUGCACAUUUGGAGUCUCGUCCGGCCGAUUCCUUGGAUACUUAGUCACUCAAAGAGGAAUUGAGGCACAUCCAAAUCAAAUCAAGGCUAUGGUCAACAUGAAGUCACCUGCCACAACAAAGGAGAUACAAAGUCUAACGGGUAGGGCAACAGCUCUCAACUGUUUCCUUUCAAGAUCUACUGACAAGUGUAUGCCAUUUUUCAAAGCCUUGAAGAAGGGACACAAAAACAAGUGGGAUGACGAGUGUGAAGUAGCUUUUCAAAACUUGAAAACUUACCUCAGUUCACUUCCAUUACUCUCAAAACCGAUACUAGGCGAAGACUUGUACAUCUACCUGGCGGUGUCCGACUUAGCUGUCAGCUCAGCUCUCAUCCGAGAAGAGCUGGGGGCACAACAUCCGUUUACUCCGACAGUCGAAGAAGAGAAGAUGGUCACGAAAAGCAAGGAAAAAGCAGACGACACCUCCCCCACCGAUUCGAACCUACCUAACGACAUGUGGCAGUUGCAUGUAGAUGGAGCAUCAAAUCACAAAGAAGCGGGAGCAAUAGUCGUCAUAAUCACCCCAGACGGAACCUUGUUGGAACAAGCUAUCACACUAGGCUUUUCUGUUUCAAACAACGAGGCAGAAUAUGAGGCAUUUUUUGCAGGACUGCGCCUAGCGAAAGAACUAUCGAUCAAGAGAUUGGCCAUCUACUUAGACUCCUAG